AUGCCAGGGUACUACGACGGGAGGUACUGGACGAUGUGGAAGCUGCCAAUGUUUGGAUGCAACGACUCCUCUCAGGUGCUGAACGAGAUCCAGGAGUGCAAGAGGACUUAUCCAAACGCCUAUAUUCGAUGUUUGGCUUUCGACAAUAAGCACCAAGGGCAGUGCAUGGCUUUUAUCAUCCAAAAAGCCCACGGGCUCCGACUAAAAGCGCUUCUUCUUGAUUCACUUUUGAAACCCAAUAAGCCAAUUUGGUUGCUUUUGGCUUCUGUUGGUGUGUAUUUCUGA